AGUAACUUUAUCUCUCCUGGGCCGGAGUAACUUUUCGGCCUUUUUACCCAGUCCUUCGUACUUUGGGCCAUAAAGUCCAUCUCAUAGCUCGGCCCAAUUUUCACCAAAAUUACCCUCUCAGCAUCCAUCAGAAGUGAGAAGGCAAAGAGGGAGUUUUGGGGAUGGAUUUGAUGAAUUGGUUUCCAAACAGGGAGUAUUGAGGAUGGAGAAUGUUCAAAGGUGGAGGAAUGCUUUGGAGCAAGUUGCCAAUUUAUCAGGAUGGCCUUACCCCAGUGAUGCAAUCGUCAGGUCUGAAUCAAUGUUCAUCCAAGAAGUUGUCGAGAUACUUUUUAGAAAAUUAAUUGAUAAGAAAAUUAAUUGAUACAUGUUCAAGCAUUGGCAAAGACCUAGUUGGGAUGGUUUCUCGUACGGAGAAAGUGAUUGAAUUGCUAGGUUUAGGGAUGGAUAAUGCUCGUGUUGUAGGUAUUUGGGGAACGAGUGGAAUAGGCAAGACUACUAUUUCCAGAUCUGUUUAUGAUCGUAUCUCUUGCCAAUUUGAAGGUUACAGCUUUAUUGAGAAUGUUAGAGAAGUUUUAGAAAAAUGUGGUUUAAAAACUUUGCAAGAACAACUCAUUUCUAAAAUCUUAAUGGAAAAGGAUUUGAAGAUAGGAAGUGAUGGUCAUGCAGUAUAUAUGAUAAGAAACAUAUUAUGUCAUAAAAAAGUUCUUAUCGUGCUUGAUGAUGUGGAUGAAUCAACCGAACUCAAAAAAUUGGUAGGAGAGUACGAUUGGUACAGUUUUGGAAGUAGAAUCAUUGUAACGACUCGAAAUCAGCAUGUGUUAACUAGAUAUGGCAUAAAACAUAUCUAUGAGGUUGAGCAAUUAAGAGAAUAUGAAGCUAUAGAACUCUUUGAAUCGAAAGCCUUUGGGAAACACCGACAAAUGGGAGGCUAUGGAGAGCUUGUCCGUCAUGCAGUAAAGUAUGCUAACGGAGUCCCUUUAGCUCUCGAAGUUUUGGGUUCUUUUCUUUGUGGUCGAAACAAAGAUGAAUGGGAAAGUUCAUUAAAUAGAUUGAAAAAAAGCCCUCUCAAGGAAGUUCUACAAGUACUUAGAAUAAGUUACGAUGCAUUGGAAUUGGAAGAGAAAGACAUAUUCUUAGAUAUUGCAUGUUUUUUCAAAGGGAAGGACAAAAAUGAUGUUACAAAAAUACUAGAAAGUUGUGGCUUCCACCCAAUUAUUGGAAUAGAUGUUCUUGUUCAAAAGUCUCUUAUAACUAUCUCAAGCAAUAAGCUGUUGAUGCAUGAUUUGAUACAAGAACUAGGGUGGCAUAUUGUUUGCGAGGAAUCACAUAAAGAGCCUGGAAAGCGCACUAGGUUAUGGUGUGAUGAAGAUAUAAAACCUGUAUUGAUGGACGAUACGGGAACAAACAAAGUGGAAGGCAUAGUUAUGCAGUCUAGUGACCUAAGAGAUCCAGAUCCAAAGGACAUUCGGUUUCUAAAACAAUUGAAGUUGAGGCCUAAAGCUUUUGCAAAGAUGUCGAACUUGAGGAUUCUCAAAAUUUGUUGUAGGCACCUCUCAGAAGAACUCAAAUAUCUUCCUAACAAAUUAAGGUAUCUUGACUAGUUAGGAUACCCUAUGAAAUACAUGCCUUCAACAUUUCAACCAGAGCAUCUUGUCGAACUUCACUUAACCUAUAGUAGCAUUGAACAACUUUGGAAGCGAACAAUGCAUCUAGGGAAGUUAAGGAUCAUGAAUCUUAGUCACUCGACGUAUCUGACGAAGUGCCCAGACUUCACAGGGGCCCCAAAUCUUGAAAGACUGAUUCUUGAAGGUUGUACAAGUUUGGUUAAUCUUCAUCCAUCCAUUGUAGUUGUCAGAAGGCUUAUUUGUUUGAACUUGAAGGACUGCAAAAGUCUCAAGAGUCUUCCAUGUGGCAUUCAAUUGGAAUCUCUUGAAGUUUUUAUUGUCUCUGGGUGUUCAAAGAUUGAUAACGUUUUGAUCAGCUUGAGAUAUAUGAAAUGUUUAUCAAAGCUUUGUUUAGAUGGGACAGGUAUCAGUGAACUUCCACCUUCAGUUGGACAUCUUACCAAUCUUGGUUUGAUUAGUCUGAGUGAUUGUAAAAACUUGAGAAGUAUCCCAGACAGCAUUUGUUCGCUAAAAGAUCUUAGAACUUUAAUCCUUUCUGGUUGCUCCAAACUAGACAAAUUGCCACCAAACUUGGGUGUUUUGUACCGUUUAUAUGAGCUUCGUUUAGAUUGUACUGCAAUUAGACAACUCCCAUCCUCCAUUGGACGUCUAAAGGAGCUUGAUACACUAAGUCUAGAAGGGUGUAAAGGAAUAUCAUCUAAUUCCAUGACUUCUGAACUAGCAGCAGCCUUGUCAGGGUUUGAGUCUUUACAGACACUAGAUCUCAGUUUUUGUAAUUUAAAAUCUAUCCCCAUAGCCAUUUGUAGCAUCUACUCGUUGAAAUAUUUAUCCCUAAAUGGAAACAACAUGGAAAGUUUACCUGCAAGCAUGAAUCGACUUUCAAGGCUGAAGGAGUUGUGUUUGAGCCAGUGCAAGAAGCUUCAAGAAUUGCCAGAGAUUUCACCUACAAUGCAUACCCUAAUUGCUAAUGAUUGCCCAUCAUUAAGAACAAUAUGGAUUCCAUCCAAAAUCCAAGGUAAUGCCAUAGUGUGCUUCAACAAUUGCUUCAAAUUGGUUGAGAAUAAGCAAAACGACAUCCUGACAGAAAAAUUUCUUUCAAACAUAUUUCAGAGAAAUUUUCGUAAGGGUUAUUGUGACAUUGUUUUACCUGGGAGAGAGAUUCCAAAGUGGUUCAGCCAUCAAAGUAGGGGGUCUUCGACAUCUUUUCAGUUGCCUCCAAAUUGGUUUAACAACAGGUUCUUGGGAUUUGCUUACGCCGUUGUUGCAUUGAAAGAGGCUAAACCGGACUAUUGUCAUAUUGAAAUGAACUUCAAGUGCCACGUUACUCAGAGGAUCGUCGAAGAACGGGGGGGUAACCACAUUCCAUCUGUCAAAUUUGGAAAUAUGGUGGUUAGGUUUAUCCCACGGGGUGCAUUUUCGGGAAUCACGGAAGAUGAUAUGGAGCAAUUAAAUGAGGGUGGAUUUGAAUGUAAAGCUUAUUUUAAUGAUGAUAUGGAGCAAUUAAAUGAAGGUGGAUUUGAAUGUGAAGCUUAUUAUAAGCCUUCUUCAAUUGGAGAAGGUGAAAACCUGGCAGAACAGGACUGCAUCCCCGUAUCCAAAGUAGAGAUUGAAAAGGUCGGUGUCCAUGUUGUAUACAGGGAAGUUGAAGAACAAGCAUUGAGUAGUAGUAGUAGUAGUGCUACUACAUCAAAGAGAAAACGCGACCUCGACCUCAACGACAAUUACUAUGAUGCAGCGGCAGCAGGACCCAGUGGAAGUCCUAGAAUUGAUGAUCAAGAGGACCACCUCAACAACCUCAACGGAAAAAGGCUUAGAUGCUGGGAUCCCUCCAUACAGUCGAGUGGUUUCAUUGAUGUUGGGGUUCCUCAUGCUCCACUUGAUUCGACCCCGGUUGCCCUGGCUCUGCCUAAUGAUCCUCUAUCAGUGUUAGCCGCUACCGGAGUCUUGCCUUCACUUGCCUCAGACUCUGCUCUAACUCUCUUUGUGACUCCUCAUGGCUCUCCUUCCCGAGGGGACACAUCUGCCUUUGAGACGAUUGCUAAGGGCUCUCCAUUGCAGGUGCCCGGGAUUGUUUUGGAUCUGAAUCUUAGCGACACUUUUGGUUUUUCCCCUCAUCAGACCGCAUUCUUAGGCUCGAGCUUUCUCCCUGAGGUUUCCCCUGCGUGUGGUUCAUCUUACCCGAUAGAGAUUGGAGAGGUUCUUGAAACUAACAACUUCUCAGCCCCAGUUACAACCCCGGUUUCUGGAAAAGUACCAUUUCUCCACUAUUGGGUAGCCCCUGAGUUUGCCUCAGUUCUACAGCUUGUGCAUUCGAGUUACCCUGAGACCUUUGCUUCCUUUGCUUGUCAAUGCCCACUGAUUCAGACUGCUCUUCUCGAGUCUUUUGUUACUAUCUUGUAUAACUUGGAUCGGAAACGAUUGUGUGACCUUAACGAGAAGGUAGUUGAGACAGCAUAUCAGGGGAUCUCAGAUAUGGAGCGUCAUCAGGUAGAUCUAUCAUGGCUUCGAAAGCGCCUGGAUAUAGCCUCGAAUGCCAGUCGCCGCGUGGAGGUUUUGUCUAAGCUUGCCUCUCAUCAGACUUCUAUAGAAGAAGCAAAGGCGACUCUUCGUGAGCUUGAGGCGAGAUAUGCUCAGGCCUUGGCAGGUUUAGAGGAACACUCCGCUGCCUGUCCUCCGGAUGUAGACGUGACGUGCAACUUUUUCGAGGGCAUCUUCAAAAGAGAUUGAGUUUCUUCGAGUAUUAUGUAGGUAUGACUUCCUCUGAGUUCCUGUAUGUUUCUUUUUCUUUUUUUUAAUUUUUUUUUUUGGGUUCCUUUCUCAUUGUUUUAUUGCCUUUUUCGAUAAAAAUGUUUUAUCUAGGACAAUGCAUUGAAAUAACAAAGUUCCGGAAGCUUUCUCAUUGUUUUCUCGUUCUACUCAAUAAAACAUUUGUCUUGAAUGAUGUGAACAAAAGAACAAUCGCAAGCACAUUUUUUAUAAAAAAAUAAAAAAACAGAAGUAUUCUCAUUAAUUUCUCAAUUUUCUUAAUAGAAAUACAAAAUUUUCAUCUCAAGUGAUGCAACAGACAUAUAAAUCAAAAUGGAAACCAACUUUCUUCAUAACAUAAGCAAGAUAAAACUUUUAGACAAAGUAAGAGAAUGAAAGCGAGCAUUAACAUAGAUGAGUCAAUUUAUGGGUAAUAACGCUUGAUAAACUUUGCAUUGAGCGGGCCUGUUCGGAAGCCGUCUUCAACUCUCAUGAGCCUGUAGUACACUUGCUCGAAUGACCCAAUAGGGCCCCUCCCAUUUUGGGGAGAACUUGGGCAGAGAUUGUCCUCGCAUGAUUGGGUCUACAAUCUUCCAGGCUAGAUCACCCUCUUCGAACCUUCUUGGCACCACUGUCUGAUUAUAGGCUCGGGCAAUGGACUCAUGAUAUCUUUCCAUGACUUUCGCAGCCCUGUCUUGCUUUUCCAGUGCUUCAAGUCUGGUAGUUCGAGGCUCAAGCACCAUUCCCGAGGCAAGGGCCAUCCACGCAAAUGGCAUCUCCAGCUCUAUAGGUAACACACUACCUCGGACCCAUGAACAAGGGAGUAAGGAGUUGCUUGAGUUUGCUUUCUCUUCAAGGUACGAUACGCACAUAGGGCUACUAUUAACUGUUCAAACCAAGUCCCACUGAACUUAUCCAUCAUUUUACUCAGGAUUCUGAUCAAGGUCUUGUUUGUGGCCUCUACUUGCCCGUUCCCUUUGGGGUAGUAAGGAGUGGAUUUGUGAUGCUUUACUUGAUAAGUCUCCUAGAAGGCUCUUCACAUGUUUGUUUAUGAAGGAUGUGCCAUUAUUUGAAAGGAUAUGGUGUUUCUCCAAACCUGCAGAUGAUAUUUUCCUUGAUAAAGUUUGCAACCGUGGGCCCCGUUGCAUUUUUCAAGGGGAUCGCCUUGACCCAUUUUGUGCUCAACUCCAUUGCUACGAGGAUCCAUUUAUAUCCCUUGGAUGGUGGGGAGAUUGGCCCUAUAAGGUCGAAAGCCCAAGUAUGAAAUGGCCACAGUGUUCGGAUGUUGUGCAGGUCUGCAGCCAGUACAUGGAUCAAGUUUCCGUGCUUCUAACAAGUUUGGCAUCUCUUCACAUAAUUUGAGGCAUCUGAAUCCAGGGUCGACCAAUAAUACCCAGGAUGUAUCAGUUGCUCAAACAAUCGAGCCCCUUCUUGAUGUUCAAUUUUGUGAGCUCUUCCAAGGACUAGAUUCGACUUUUCCUUAGAGAGACACCUUAGGGGAGUGCCCUCAAUACUUCUUCUGUAAAGCUUGUCUUGAUCAAAAAAGUACCGUCUCGCUCUCCUCUUGAGGUGUGCAAUGUCCCUCGGAUUUUCUGGUAGUGUCCCCUCCUUAAGAUAGUCGAUAUAGACUUGUCUCCAAUCGGGAGUAUCAAUCUCAAAGCAACUCUCAUAUUCCCGGAUGCAUGACUGGCACUUGGGGAAUUCUUUUUGUACUUGGUUCGAGGCUUUCUCCAUCUCGGGCCAGUAGUAGCCCUGUAUUUGGAUUCUUCGGUACAAACUAAUAUCCCCAUCUCCGUAGUACUUUUCAUGAAUUUGUCGUAGCCGGAAGUUUGCCUCCUCUUGGUCAACGGGCCAAGAAUCCGGUACUUCCCUGGAGCUAAAGUUCACCCCGAAUAAUUAUGAAUUGUGCAAGCUUGGCCAUAGUCAACUUUCUGACUUUGCUUCUGAGUUGUUUGAGGACUUUGCUUCUCCAAUCCUUCAGAAUGUCUUUGUUCUCGGGUUAAGUCGAUGCUUAUUCAUCUUUAUUGCUUUUGGACUUAGUGGACGUAAAUAUCACUUUUGGACAAAAUGGAAUAAAAGAUAAAAAAUGGACAGGUAAGAUAAAAAAAUAAUAAAAUAAAAAAAAAGGCUAAUAAAAUUGGCUUAAAUUAAAACCGACAUAAAGAGCUAAUAAAAUUGGUUGGAUUCGGUCGGACGUUUUACCGAAUCCGUCACUUUUAGAGUCAUCGCAUACUAAUUUCAUGAUGUUUGAUGGUUCUUGAGGCGUGUCUACACCCCUUUUGAAAUCGACUUCAUGAUAGGAGGGAGGCACUGUUAGUCUUUUGGUUUUUAGUAAAUUCUUGUCCAGUUGCUUCUAAAAUCAGCAUGCAAUCAACUUGUGAUACUUGAUGGUUUGAGACCCGAAUCUGCUCCUCCCUUGAACAUCUCCAUGAUAGAGAAGGGCAGAAAAGACAAACAUGGCUUAGGAACACUCUAUCUGCACUAUUUUCACCUCAGAGCACAAAAACAGUCUUCUGCAAAAAAAAUAGGGCACGACCGGAUUUGUUUGGGCCCAACCGAGCCUCAUUGCAGGCCGGUCGGGCUCCAAUGUAUGGUAAACAUAGCACUUUUAUUGAAACAAAGAGCAGUGGCUGAGGGUGAAACAGAACAGUUUUCCAGGAGGCAAAGAGAGCAAUUUAUGAGGGCUGUCUUCGUCGGCGCGUAUGGGAUCCUUGUGCAUUCUUUACAUAUUCUUGUUGUAAUAUUAUUGUUGUAAUAAAUUAGAUAGUAUUCAUUUGGAUUUGUAAUAAAUAGUUAAUUCAGACACUUGGACAUUCGGACCCUCUUGUACGAGGGUACAUUUGUAAUAAUUUGUGUAUGUCUUCCAACCUCCAUUUCUUCCUCCUUUUUAUUUAUUCGCUUAUUGUGGUUGUAUAGUAUCAUAUUUUCCUUAGCA